CCGCCGCCACACCACCUGGCCCUUCGGACGCAGAGAAGGCAGAAGCGGAGUCCUUGAAGGGCAAAGGUAACGCAGCCAUGGCGAAGAAGGAUUAUUCGUCCGCAAUAGAAUACUACACCCAGGCCUUAAGGAUUGUCCCGAAUAACCCCAUCUACCUAUCCAACCGGGCCGCGGCAUACUCCUCGGCAGCACAGUUUGAGAAAGCGAUUCUGGACGCGCAAGUAGCCGUGGACACAGACCCCUCGUACGCCAAAGCCUGGAGCAGACUCGGUCAUGCCAGAUUCGCAAAGGGUGACGCGAGGGGCGCGAUGGAAGCUUACAAGGCCGGGAUAGAAGCCGAAGGCAAUGGCGGAAGUCAGAUCACCCGCAACGGAUACGAGACCGCAAAAAAGAAGGUUGAGGAGGAGAUCGCUGCCGACGCGGAUAACGUCACCGCCCCACCUGGGCCCAGCACCCCCCGUGGCGGUGGGGUCGGAGGAAUGCCAGAUUUGUCCAGUAUUGCGGGAAUGCUUGGUGGCGCUGGUAGACCCGCUGGUGGUGGAAUGCCUGAUCUAGGCUCCAUCAUGAAUAAUCCAAUGUUUGCGCAGAUGGCCCAAAACCUCAUGAGCAAUCCUUCGGUUAUGCAGAACAUGAUGAACAACCCUCUCGUGAGGGAGAUGCUAGACUCUGUUGGGGGUGAUGAUGGGGAAGGUCCUGGUGCGGAAGGUCGCAGCAUGCCGGAUCUGAGUGGCUUGUUAGCAGAUCCUAGUAUAGCCGAGAUGGCCAAGAACUUGAUGGGUGGUCCUGGUGGUGGUGGUGGUGGUACUAGUGGAGAUGCUGGCGGUGCUGGGGGGAGUGGGCGCACGUGAUUUCUUGGUUUUCUGCUACCUCCAUCUGGUCUCUUUUACAUCAUCUGGAUAUCCCCUUUUGGGCAGAUCCCAUUUUCUUCAAUUCAGGGUUCCGUAGUACAGUAAUGACCGAAUAAAUGAUAUUUUCAUUCACCUUAA